CUUUGAUUUAAAUACAGUUGUGAAUAAAAGCGUUUUGCGUAACAGACUAAAACAUAAAGCGAAAUCACUGCGGAUGCAGCUACAGCAGCUGAAGAGGGAAUAUUUAUAUUUUUAAAUUUAUACUUUUAAAAAAGGAAGGGGGGAUGCAAACUUUUGCACUCUUCUCAUUGUGAUUGUUUAGCAACAUGCACCAUUUAACCAUUUUGGUGAAAUCAGAUCAGAAAGAAACAAUAAAACACAAUACACUCAUUUUUUUUUGCUUUAUGAAUGAAAUUAAUUUUGUCAUGAGGGGAAGCUACCUUUUGUAUUUGACUGUAAAGUGUGUGUGUGUGUGUGAAUGUGUGUGAUAUUUACUGUGUGUGUAUGUAUGUAUGUGUGUGUGUGUGUGUGUGUGUGUGUGUGUGUGUGUUGGGGAAAGUUCAGGUGUGUGUGUGCAGGAUAGUGAUGAGUCCACAGGACGGACGGAGCUUCGACUCUCAGCACUAAGCAGGCGUUUGGAUUUGGAUUAUCUCCUGACCUUCGUAACAGGAGAUACGCUCUGAUCUAUAACAGUCAUAUGAGCGCUCGUGGCCUUCUAACAGGAUCGUUAUGAUCUUAAAGUUCCUCCUAAAGCAUGUUUUUGAGGGACGGCCUGGAGUCAGAGCUGGUGCAGAUCCUGUAAUAAACACACACGCGGUCAGAAAGUUAGUCGUGCUAACAAUAAGGAGUGUGUUCUCUCUGCGCUCCUCGCUGUUCCUCUCCAUCAUCAGCUGAUCGGAGCCGUGAGCUGGAACACACUGUACAGACGAUCAGCAGAUACUGUGGCAGUGUGAGUGCAGUUCUCUUCAUGAUAAUCACCACACUGAAGUCCACGUGGGAUCCUCAGGGACACGACAUGAGAAGUUCUGGCUGUGUUUUAGUUUCUGUUAUCCAUGUUUCAGGAUGUGAUAUUAUAUCUGCUGCCUCAGCCAAAAUAAAGGACAAAAAAUCUUUAACAAUUAACAGGAGGUCAGAGAGUCAGAAAAUGGCGCAUCCUGACACUGUGUCCAGACUUUGAACCUGUUCUUCUCUCUGGUCUUUUAGCAGCAAAACAUGACAUCGUUAUUAUUAAAGACUCGGACUGAGGUUUCGAGACGUUUCUGAACCUGUUUGUUGAUGCAGAUGUACGUUUUCCUCCUGUUUUGAUCUCUUCAGGUGUGUGAUGGACAGGUCAGAGGUGUGGGCGGAGCCUCCGCACAGGUGCAUGCUGGUCCUGACGUGUGCGCUCCUGGUGUGUGAGGUCGUCGUUGGACGUCUCUGUAACUCCCUCAUUAACAUGGUGGACAGCUUCCACACCCUCUACGUCCUCAUUGGCAUGACAAUGUCCACACGAGGUGCUGAGGAGAACCCCAGCGUCUCAGCAGAACCGCAGGACGUGUCGUGUCCCGACUCCGGCGCUGUGGAGAACCGCACGUCUCCGCUCUCUGAUGGAGCUCAGUACUCUAGGCUCCGCGUGCAGCCGGUCGGAGGUCUGAUCUCAGCCCUGCUGCUCUCCUCACUGUGUGUGUCCUUCAGCUUCGAUAUCCUCAGCCACACACUGCAGCCUCACCCCAUACAGCGCCCUCUACUGGCCACGGCUGUAGGCGCCGUCAGUCUGCUGUUUAAUCUUCUGCUGCUGGUGUGGAGAAGACCGAGACAAACAGACGCAGGAGUUAAAGAACUGAGAAACGGCGAGACAGAAACUCCUUUAACUCCAGCAGGUUCUCCUCACGAUGGCGUCCUGAUGUUCUGUAACCCCGGAGCGUCCAGCGUUCUCAGUCCAGACUCUCAGGAUCACACCGUUCAUCCUCAGCCCACCUCCAUUUCCCACGAUUCCACUCACACAGAAACAGUCGGAGAAGAGUCGAAGUGCUGCAGCAGAGGCUCAGGCCACGCUGCGGAUCAGCAGUGUGACGCGAGUGUGUGUAUGAGGAGCAUCAUCACGGUGUUCCGCAGCCUCCUGGGUUCUUCUCUGGUUCUGCUUAACGGAUUCCUUCACCUUCUCUGUGUGAGGUUUCAGUGGAGCUGUGAUGUGAGCGUGUACCUGGACCCGGGGUUCUCCAUGCUCACCGUGCUGGUUCUGUUAGCGGCGGUGGUUCCUGAGCUCCAGCGUCACGUCUUACUCCUGCUCCAGGCGUCUCCACCAGGCCUGUGCACGGAGGAGCUGGCGGUGGAGAUCGGGCGAGUCCCCGGCGUGUUGUCCGUGCACGAGCUCCACGUGUGGCAGCUCUCUGAGACCUGCGUCGUGGCCUCGGUGCACGUUCACUGGCCGUCGGGUCUGAGCGCGCUCCAGUGUUCGGAACUCCUGAGGAGCAUCGCGGAGGUGCUGAGGAGGUUCGGGGUGAAGCGCUGGACCAUACAGCCCGAGUUUCUGACCUCUCACCCCGAGGAUGCUGCGUUACAGACACACUGCGCUCUGCGAUGUGGGAAAGCGUGUGUGAGGAAGAUGUGCUGCUCACCUCCAGAGGAACGUUUCAGCUCCACGUCUGUCCACGUGAACGACAGGAUGCAGGACGUCAUCAUUCAGAACACACGCUUAUAACCCUGAUCAUAAACACUCGAUAUUAUAUCAGCUACAGCGUUCUCGUACUGCUCGAGCUUCUAAACAUGUGACGAUGCUCUAUAGUCUUACAAUAUUCACCUAAAAUUAUAAACAUUUUAUUACUCUCUAACUGUCUCCCUCAUCAAGAGUGAAAUUUAUUUACAUAAAUGUUAAAAAUGUAAAUAUUAAAUGUAAAUGAUAAAUAUAGGAACCAGUACAGCUCUAUACUCAACCAUUUAUAUUUGUAUUAAAUGUUUACAUUUACAUUUAACUUUUAAAUUGACUUUUUUAAAAUUUGUAUUUGAUACUGAACUCAUUUCUCACUGACAUUUUGAACAUUUAAGCAUAAUUUUAAUAAAGAUAGAAAUUUAUUUAAAACAACAGCCUGACAUUUCAGUGGAAUAUUUUGCUAAACAUAAUGACUGAAAUAAUUCAUAUUUCUUAGUAAAUUAUUUAGUUAGACGCAAAUAAUGUGUGUAAAUAUGAAAUAUGAAAUAUAAAUGCAGAUUCCUACAAGUUGAAUCCUGUAUUUAACAUUUAUAUUUUUUAUUUAAUUUAUUUACGGUUAUAUUUCUAAGAAGCUGAAUGUUAAACACCUGACAGGUUUUAUAGGUCACUGUGAAUGAAGUCUGAUUCGUCUGCACUUUAUAAAUAUUACAAACAAAAGUGUAAAAGUGUUAUAAGCUUUAUUCUCUGAUAAUGCUGAGAAUAAAUCAGCACUGUUAUUCAGUAUAAUGGGCUGGAAGUGUAAUUUAGGGAAAUAAAUGUGUUUUGUUUUGUUUUU